AUGUCUCUGCAGUACCUUCCCUCUGUCAAGCCCUCGGCCAUUGCCCUGGGCACAGUCUUCAGCCAGACUGCCGAGCUCGUUCUCCUGCAACCCAUCUUUGGUGAGGCUUACCGCCGUGCCAAGGACUCCCACAGUGCCGAGGAGUUUGUCCGCUCCAAGCAGGCCAGCUCAGCUGCUGUCGCCUGGGGCACCACCUUUAUCGGCUCCGGCCUGCAGAGCUACGGUGUUGGUGCCCUCAUCAACGCCACCGCCACGCUCUCGUACAAGGGCUCAGCCUACCUGGGAGCUCUGAUCUUCCUGGCUACCAGCGCGCCGCAGUACGUGGCCGAGGUCCUGACCGAGCGGCGGCCGUGGGACACCGUCCUGGCCAGCGUGGCCGCAAAGCUGGUCGAGACCGUCGGACUGGCCACCUUCCUCACCUGGUGGGGAACUCGGACGAACCCGUUUGAGUAG